CAGCGUUUCAGGUCUUUCCAGGUGCGUUCAACGACCUUUUCUGUAGCGUAGUUCAUAGGGCUGAAUAUUAAAAAGGAAUAAAUUAGCGCGUUCCAUGAUUCGCGGGGAUGUAAUUCGACAACAAAAAAGAAGACGUUAAACUUCGGCCCGUUCCUUUGCCACCUGAGGAGUAAAAACGAGCCAUAUGGCUGUGAUUUUGGCUGCUUUAAUGUUGACGUGCUCCGGACUGUGGGACAAGUGCUUCCAAGCUGACGCUCAGACUGUGGUGGAUCAGGACAGGUUUAAGGAGCAGGUGCUCUACUUGGGGCAGGAGCCUCCAUAUCGGUUGUAUUGCCCCAUAGAAUCUGUUUGGCCCCAGAGUACCCCCCAACUGGAUAUUGUAUGGCUUAAGGACUCUGUGCACCUCCACAAUAAGGAGGGCCGAACCUACCUGGACCUCCCCAGCCUGGGCUUUGAGGAUCAAGGGAAUUAUACCUGUAUGGAAAAAGACAACGAUACAACCUCAUUUACUGUGCGCCUCAUAGUCAGGGAGGCUCCGUGCUCCCAAGUCCCUAAAUAUCAUCCUGAUGGAGGCCUGACAAGCCUUUGGGGAAAAGUGGGCUCCACCGUGAAAAUGAACUGCACUGCUCUUCUUCUGCGGGCAACAAAUGAGGAGCAAUGUAACUCUACGCUGCAGUGGAUUAAAGAUGGCAAACCACUUACCAACGACACAGUUUAUGUGCAGAAUACCUCCUCAUGGUCCCCUGGUGAUGGCCACUUGUUGGUGAGCAGUCUGCUGGUGAUCACCAUCAGGGAGCUGGAUGAUUUUGGUCUGUACAGCUGCACAAUGAGGAAUACCUCAUCUGACUUCAGCCUACAGAAUGCAAGCAGCCCCAGCCACACAGCAGCUGUUAUUGCAGCCAUCGUUCUCCUCCUCUUACUGGCCGUAGCUGUGAUUGUAUACUCCAAGUGUCACCUCAACAUCAAGCUGUGGUACAGGAACUUGUACGGAGACUACGAAAUCAAUGAUGGUAAAUUAUAUGAUGCCUACAUCUCCUACGUCAACAAUGACUAUGACAGGAAGUUUGUCAACUUUAUUCUUAAGCCUCAUUUGGAGAAAAGUGGUUACAAGCUGCACCUAAACUCCAACGACAUCCUGCCUGGCUCAGAACCACCUGCUGAGCUGCUAAUGAGCAUGAGUCGCUCUCGCCGGCUUAUUGUGGUGCUUUCCUACGCUUACCUUGAGCAGGACUGGUGUUCCAAUGACUUCAGACAGGGCCUCCUACACUUGUUACAGUUGUGCCAGCAGCCCAUGCUGAUUCUGUUAGAAGGCCAGUACAAGCGCAUGAGGUCUGAGAUCAAGAAGCAGCUCAGUGCGCAUCAGCACUGCCUCACCAUUCUCACCUGGAGGCACAACUCCGUGACUCCGUCCUCAACCUUCUGGAAGGAGCUGGCAUUAGCAAUGCCUCGUCAUGUGUCCAUUCACAGAGCAUCUGCAGGCGACCCUCAGACGGUUCUACAGGACGAUAAGGACCCUAUGCUGACCCUUAACCCAGACUACCUGGACUGCAGCUCAGACACUGACCCAGCAGGAGACUUGGGGCUGCACCUCCCCAUGUACAAGGCUCUGUCCCGUAAAGCUCCCGUCCUGCCUGCUGCUCCCAUUACAGGGCCGGAGCCCAAGCCCUCAGACAUUGAUGUGUCCGAUCUGGGAUCACGGAACUAUGGAACACGUUCAGACUUUUACCACCUAGUCACAGAACAGGACGUGUGAUCCUUAACGGUCUCUGAACAUUUUUAAAAACAAACAACAACAAAAGCUUCAGCGGUCUCUAUUAUGAUUACAUAGCAUCUAUAAUUAGCAAUUAGCCAAAUGUUUUCAAGCUUGUUUUUAAGUGGUGGGUUCCACAUACAAAGAAAAUGUUUUAUUUACAGAAUUUUUUUUAAAGAUUGUUUUGUAUUUUAUGAUGGUGUCAAAUUUGUCAAUUGAGGAAAGUGGUAAUGUGUGUACAUAAAUUUUAAAAUUGAAAAUCAGCUGAGAUCUCUACUUGCUUUCCCAGCAGAGGGCAGUGCAAUGUCAGAUAAGAAUUGCAUUUAUUUAUUUUUAACCAUUCGUCUGCAGUUGACAUUGUAGAGAUGGUUGGAAUUAAAUGCAGUAGUGUCUUCCAAGAAUAUCUGAACCAAGCACAGAUGGUCACAGUCCAAUCAGGUGAGACGGUGCCACAACAUGUGAUGUCUGUCUGCGUGCAGCAAGAACUGAGAUAAUCACGCAGUCUGAAUAGGUAUGAGACGUUCUCAGACAGUGGAAGUAAUGUCUGUCCUUGUGCAGUGAUAAUUACCCGCAGAUAAAUAGUCCAGUAAAGCUGCAACAAAGAAAGUUCUGUUGUCAUUCCUGUCUGAGCAUGAGCAAAUAGGGCGUGGUGUGCAUUUCACCACGUUAGUCUCACUUUAUUGACUGAAAAAAUAUCCAGGUGAUGCGUCUGCCAGCACACAACAAAAGCAAACAAAACAGCCAUCAUUUGUAAAAUUACAGAAACACAUUAUUGUUGGAAAUGACACAGUGAUAUUUGCAAUUUACAGUUUCCAUCAGAAGAUAAUGGAGUUUUGAAGAAAUGCUAAAGCUAAAUUUUAAAGGGUUACGCUGUAAUUUUUCAACCUAGGCUUUAUUUUUAGGUGUUUUUAGGGGUCAUGUUUUCACUCGGGACAAACACGAUGUUAAAUAGAACGCAAACACUUCACAGACUAAAUGACUAUACAAUGUUGGUACACAGGGCAGGCUAAAACACUCUCAGCAAACUGUUUAAUGCUAAUGAAUAGAAGUGUCUGGCAGCAUGCACAGGAACAUUAAGGUUAAUGAUAGCAUGUUUACCUCACUAAAGGUAAAGAAAUGAUUAACAAUGACUAUUGUUAAGGUAAUCUGUAGUUUUAAAAGUUUGCACACAUUUAUCUCUGAAGGGAUCCUAUCCAGUCUACUGCACACUUCAGUGGCACUUUCGCCUAUUCAGUGGUGACAAGACGCUGUUUACUGUAAGCUUUGUUAGACUGAGGGGUGUAAUUGCAUUAUGUAGCUGACAGUGUUUAUUCUCUAAAUCAGUCAUGGACCUGUUGAAGUUUGUUUUGUCCCGAGUGGAAAAGAUGCAUUUAAAAACAGCCUAGACUGAAAAAUCUAGGUUUCCCUUUGACAAUGACAAACUGUACUACACCAACAGGGACAAAACAUCAGCUAAUUCUAAAGUCAAUAAUCUCUCACAUCUUAAACAUUGCAUAUUGAGAAUAUGCUUUCACUCAUGUUAAAAAAAAUACAUUAAUCACAGAAACAUUAAUGAAAUACAACACAAAUGGCACAUAGUUUUGUAUGACAGUAAUAAAAUUUGAAGAGUCAAAUUACAUAAAGC